AUGUACAGCAACGCCGGCGUCACGGGGGACAGCUCCGGGCACCGGAUCCUGACGGUGGACGCGGAGGAGCUGAGGAGAGUGCUGGAGAUCAACGUGGUGGGCGGGUUUUUGUGUGCCAAGCACGCGGCCAGGGUGAUGAUCCCGAAAAAGAAAGGGACCAUCCUGUUCACGGCGAGCGUGGUGACGGACACGUUUGGGCUGUUCGCUCACACGUACACGGCCUCGAAGCACGCGCAGGUGGGGCUGGUGAAGAACCUGUGCGUGGAGCUGGGGCAGUACGGGAUUCGGGUCAACGCGGUUUCCCCCGCCGCCGUCCCGACUCCGAUGGCAAUGAAGGCGCUCGGGUUGGACCGGAAGGGGGUUCAGGAGUUCUAUGCUCAGAAGUCGGCGUUGAAAGGACCGCUGCUGGACGAGGAUGACAUCGCCGAGGCGGCUCUCUACCUCGCCAGCGAUGAGUCGCAGUUUGUGAGUGGGUUGAACCUCGUCGUCGACGGUGGCUACAAUUUGAGGAGCGCCUAG